AUGGUUUAUUCUCAAUUGAUGCAAUUAUUCAAAUGCCCUGCCCGAGACACUAAUCCUUACUCCGAUCCAACUGGACCGAUUCACAUUGUUGCCGGCGCAGCGGGAAACAAUGAGGGUCAAACAGGUUUUGUCAGAAAUCCACCCGACUAUUCAGCUUUCCGCUCGGACGACUAUGGAUAUACGAGGAUUGUGGCUGUUAACGGUUCCUACAUGUACAUGGAGGAAAUAUCAGUCAAAUCGGCUGAAGGACUUCGAAAGCAUUUUUGA